AUGGCAACUUUGUUGUUUCCAGGCCUCUGUCGGCUUCUCUGCCUCUUCUUGGCUUUCUUCUGCAGCCUACCGUUACUAGGCAUCUGCAAGGAAUCAGAGAGCGACAGACAAGCCCUCCUGUGCUUAAAGUCCGGGCUCUCGGCACCCGCCGGAGCUCUAACUUCAUGGAGCAACGUGUCCAUGGAGUUCUGCAACUGGCACGGGAUCACCUGCGGUGUGAUGUCCCCUCGGCGUGUCAUCGCGCUGGACCUUGAAUCCCAAGGCAUCUCGGGCUCCAUCCGGCCUUGCAUCGCUAACCUCACUUGGCUGGCAAGGCUCCAGCUGUCCAACAACAGCUUCGGUGGCGGCGUGCCGUCCGAGCUUGGCCUCCUGAGCCGGCUCACCAACCUCAACCUCAGCAUGAACACUUUGGAAGGUACCAUCCCGCCCCAACUCUCUGCAUGUUUCCAACUCCAAGUUCUCGGCUUGUGGAAAAAUUCCCUCAGCGGAGAGAUCCCAGCUAGCCUUAGCCAAUGCAAGCGCCUUCAAGAGAUUAACCUUGGCAAAAACAAGCUCCAAGGGAGCAUCCCUCAUGCUUUCGGAAACCUUCCUGAGCUGCGCAUAUUAGAUCUGGCCAGUAACACACUUACCGGCAACAUACCGCCAUCUUUGGGCAGCUUCCGUUAUCUCACAUAUGUUGAUCUCGGGAUCAAUGCUCUUGGAGGGGUCAUCCCCGAGCUGCGAAAUGAUUUUCGCAUCAGUUCAACCAUCACAGCAUAG